AUGGCGCCUAUUGGGAGUCUGUCAAAGCCUGAACUUUGCACCUUAUGUAUCAAAGAUAAGCAGUCUGAAGCUAGUUCAGUCUUCUGGAAACCUGAGUUCUUGGCGAAGACAAGGGCCUGGCGCAAGGGUUCCCGGCGGCCACCUGCUCUGCCGACCGGUCAGGAGAUGGCGUCACCACUGACGGACCUCCCCGUCCACCUCCUGGCCGAGAUCUUCCUCUGGCUGCUCGACCCGGCUGACCUCGCCCGCGCCUCCGCGGCCUGCGUCACCUUCCGCCGGCUCGCCACCAACGGCUCCUUCCUCCGCGCCUUCCGCAGCCUCCACGCCCCGCUCCACCUCGCGCUCCUCAACCUCGGCGGGUUCCACCCAGCCCUCCCGCCUCACCCCUCCGCGCCCACCGCCCGCGCGCUCGCCCUCGUCGCCGACUUCAAGUUCUCGUUCCUCCCCUCCCACCGCCGAUGGAUCGUGUGGGACGUCCGCGACGGCCGCGUCCUCCUCUCCCGCAAGAUCACAGAAGAUGGGCAGCCCCGAGUCUUCCCGGAGCUCGCGGUGUGCGACCCCUUGCACCGGCGGUAUUUCCUGCUUCCCCCAGUACCUGACGACCUAGCCGCUUCGGUGGAGCACAGGCUCCCCCACCCUUUCCUCGCUCCCAUCGGCGAGGAGGAGGCGGCACCCACGGAAGAGACGGCAUUCAGGGUGAUCUGUUUGGCACCUGGCAAAACUAAGCUGGCGGCCUUCGCCUUCUCUUGGAGCACAGGACAAUGGCGAGAUGCUGCAUCCAAGUAUUUGAGUGAUUUGGGCCUUGCCAUGGGUGACUCGGACAUGAUGUCAUGGAUGAACCCUUUUUAUCUCAGGCGCCAUUAUGCUUAUGGUUGCUUCUACUGGGACUUUCUCGUGGUCAAGCGGAACCUGUUGCUCGUGCUUGACAUCAGGAGGAUGGAGUUCUCCAUUGCAGAACUACCACCCGGAGAAUGGUAUAGGAAAGGUGUAGCCAUUGUUGAGGCAGGGGAAGCCAGGCUUGGGAUGUUUGGUCUCCGUGGUGAAAAUGAAAUUGCAUCUGAUCUCAGUUAUGCCAUUGUGCGAAACAGCGGUGAGAGUACCAACCAGUGGCUGAUGGAGAAGACAAUCUCACUAGAUUCUGGGUACCACUAUUUUAUCAAAGCUGUAACAGAGAGGUGUUUGCUAUUGAUGAGAACAGAAUCCCUGCGAGGUUCACCUAUAGAGAAGCCACUCCUUGAGUAUUUCACAAUGGACAUCAACACAUUGCAGCUUCAGAGGGCCAACCAGAACAUCGUUGCCAACCAGAACGUAUUCAGAACAGAGGACAGGCCGACGUGUGCAGAGCACUUCCCCUGA